ACAUGCAAUGCUGCUUCGCGAUAACUGAGUUCGUCGUCUAGUUACCAUGCACAAAUUGUUCUGCCUCUUUCAUGGCUGACGAAUCAAGAUGGGUCGCGUAAGGACAAAGACCGUUAAGAAGGCCGCCAGGGUGAUCAUUGAGAAGUAUUACACCCGCCUAACGCUAGACUUCCACACCAACAAGAGAGUAUGUGAGGAAAUCGCCAUCAUACCCAGCAAGAAGCUGCGCAACAAGAUCGCUGGCUUUGUGACCCAUCUGAUGAAGCGCAUCCAGCAGGGUCCCGUACGUGGUAUCUCCAUCAAACUCCAGGAGGAGGAGAGGGAACGAAGAGAUAACUACGUCCCUGAUGUCUCCGCUAUCGAGCAGGACAUCAUCGAAGUCGACCCAGACACCAAGGAAAUGUUGAAAGUCCUGGACUUUGGCGCCAUCCAAAACCUGCAGGUCACCGAGCCUGUAGCACCAGGCUUCCGUCCUCCUGGUCCAAGAAUCUAAGUCAUCUUGCAUCAGCUGUACUCAACUGAGUAUCACAUCAUCAUCAAAUGGACGAGGGAUGCUUCAUCGGGGGUAAACAAGUUCCAGUCAAAUUGGGAAGGGGUGAAUUAUGAUUGAAAACUUUCAGUACAUUCUCAUAUAUCAAAAUCUUGCGCAGGUAAUGGUUGAUCAAUAAAAACAGAAUAUCAACUAAGA